CUCGCCGACGAGCAGCUCGUGAUCGCGCUAGAGGCGCGUGCCAGCCUCGGCAGCAUAUUCCGCGCGAUGGUCGCGGUGCGCGACCGCGAGUGUGGCAACGGCCGGGCAGUGCGCAACCUGCUCGAGCGGGCAAAGCGAGAGCAGGCGCUGCGGCUGGUGGGGCUGCCCGGCAAGAAGAGCAAGGAGCAGCUGAUGCUGCUGCUCGCCGACGACUUUGCGCCCGUGCUCGGCGAGCUCGGCCUAGCGGGCCGAUAG